AUGAGACUAGAGGCCGCAGCCAGGAUGGAUCUGUUCAGGAAGCUGUGGAAGGCGAGAAAGCUGAUCGUCGUGGUGUUCAUCCCGCUGUCCCUGCUUCCUCUGCCGCUAAUCCACCCAACCAGCGAGGCAUGUUGUGCGUAUGUGCUGAUGGUGACGGCAGUCUAUUGGGUGUCUGAGGCUGUUCCCCUGGGUGCUGCCGCUCUGGUCCCCGCCUUCCUCUACCCACUCUUUGGGGUACUCAAAUCCAGUGAGGUAGCAGCAGAAUACUGUAAAGAUACCACUUUGCUGCUGAUGGGAGUCAUCUGCCUGGCUGCCUCCAUAGAGAAGUGGAACCUGCACAAACGCAUUGCUCUGCGCAUGGUGAUGAUCGCAGGGGCCAAGCCUGGCAUGUUGGUGCUGGGCUUCAUGUGUUGCACAGUGUUCCUGUCCAUGUGGCUCAGCAACACAUCCACCACAGCCAUGGUGAUGCCCAUCGCCGAGGCCGUCCUGCAGCAACUCAUCUGCACCGGCCUGGCUGACAGCCACAACGACUCUGAAACUGCGGAGGCCACUGAGGAUGACUGUGAUACGCUUGACAAAGAGAACCUGGACAAGAACCAGUUGGAGAUGCUCUAUCGCAACGACAGCGACGACUGCACUAAACAGGAACUUUCAACACUUAGUGAGGUACGGAGUGGGGAGGCCAAUGGUUUGGGUCUAAAGCAGUUCAUUAGACACACCAAUGGACACUUGCCACAGGUUGCGAUUGAAUUCCCCAAUGUGAAGCGGGUGAAGGCCAGGAGAGACUCCCAGUACCCCACCAAGAGGGAUCACAUGAUCUGUAAAUGUCUGUCGCUCAGCAUCACAUACGCGGCGACCAUCGGCGGACUCAUCACCAUUACUGGCACCUCCACCAACCUCAUCUUUGCUGAGCAGUUUAACACUCGUUAUCCAGAUGCGAAGGUAAUAAACUUUGGCACGUGGUUCAUCUUCAGCUUCCCCAUCGCCAUCAUCAUGCUGGUCCUCACCUGGCUGUGGCUGCACUUCCUCUUCCUUGGCUGCAACUUCAGGGAAACAUGCUCGCUGAGUAAGAAACGCAAGACCAGGAGGGAGAUGCUGUCAGAGAAGAGGAUCCAUGAGGAGUAUGCAAAACUGGGACCCAUCAGCUAUCCAGAGGUUGUGACCGGUGUUUUCUUCAUCUUAAUGACGGUGCUGUGGUUCACCAGAGAGCCUGGCUUUGUGCCCGGCUGGACGUCUCUUUUUGAGAAAAAAGGCUACAGGACUGAUGCAACUGUGUCCGUCCUUCUGGGCUUCCUGCUCUUCCUCAUCCCUGCCAGGCGACCCUUCUCCUCAUCCUCCUCCAACUUUAGAAAAACAGAUGACCAAUCAGAUGACGACCCACUGGCUCCCAUGAUCAACUGGAAGGACUUCCAGAGGCUGAUGCCAUGGGAGAUUGUCAUCCUGGUGGGAGGAGGUUAUGCACUGGCUGCUGGUUGCAAGGUGUCAGGCUUAUCAGUGUGGAUCGGAAGACAGCUGGAGCCCAUGAGUGGUCUUCCUCCCUGGGCCGUCACCCUGCUGGCCUGCCUGCUGGUGUCAGCGGUCACCGAGUUCGCUUCCAACCCAGCAACUCUCACCGUGUUCCUGCCCAUCUUGUCUGCCCUGUCGGAGACCCUGUACAUCAACCCCCUCCACACUUUGAUCCCCUCCACCAUGUGCGUGUCAUUCGGGGUCAUGCUUCCAGUGGGGAACCCCCCCAACGCCAUCGUCUUCAGUUACGGCCACGUGAAGAUCAGCGACAUGGUAAAAGCAGGUUUUGGGGUGAACCUGAUUGGUGUGGCGGUGGUGAUGUUGGCCAUCACCACUUGGGGCGUUCCCCUCUUCAACCUGAACGAAUUCCCGGCCUGGGCAGUGGCCAGGAAUGUCACUGGCAGCUUAUAA